AUGUUUCAUUGUGCGGAAUUCAUAAGCGAGUCUUGUUUGUUUCUGUGUCGUUCCAGCAAAACGAUGGUAACAUGCGACUGUCCGGUAGGGGCAGCUUCCGCUGGUCAAACCUUGGCAGCACUUUGCGGUGGAGGUCAAUUCAUGCUUUUUAUGGGCUUACUUGAAGUUUUCAUACGAUCACAAUGCGACUUAGAAGAUCCAUGCAAUCGACCGAAGACAAAACUUGCACGCGAAAUUGAUUAUGACUAUGACUUCAUCGUUAUUGGUGGUGGAUCUGGUGGUAGUGUAACGGCCUCACGAUUAUCUGAAGUACCGGAAUGGAAAGUUCUGCUCAUUGAAGCGGACACCCCAAAUAGGCCGGAUGAACCGACUGGAACACAAAUUCCUUCAAUGUUUUUAAAUUAUCUCGGAAGUGACAUUGAUUAUAAAUUCAACACGGAACCUGAGAAAGGCGCAUGUCUCUCUUCACCGGAACAUCGUUGUUACUGGCCUCGUGGAAAGGUCCUCGGUGGAACUUCGGUUAUUAAUGGAAUGAUGUACAUCCGAGGCAAUCCUAAUGACUAUAAUGAUUGGGAUGCAAUGGGAAAUCCUGGUUGGAAGUUUAGAGAUGUUCUUCCUUAUUUCAUGAAAUCGGAAGACAACCAACAAUUGAAUGAAGUUGAUUCUGAUUUCCAUAAAACGGGUGGCAUGUUGCCAGUGUCGAAGUUCCCAUACACCCCACCAAUUUCAAAAGCAAUCUUAAGAGGUGGUGAAGAGUUGGGAUUUAAAGUUCAAGAUUUGAAUGGAGCCAACAACACUGGAUUUAUGAUUGCGCAAACUAACAGCAAGAAUGGCAUUCGAUACAGCGCUGCUCGAGCUUUCUUAAGACCAGCAGCUAAACGACCGAAUUUACAUAUCAUGGUGAACACAACUGCUUCAAAGGUUCUCAUCAAUCCCCACACCAAAACAGCCACUGGAGUGGAAAUUAUCGACCACGAAGGUCACUCAAGAAGAAUUAAUGCUAAGAAAGAAGUCAUCGUUUCUGGCGGUGCUGUUAAUAGCCCUCAAAUUCUUCUUUUGUCUGGCAUCGGACCGAGAGAAGAAUUACAAAAGUUUGGAAUCAGACAAGUUCAUCAACUUCCUGGUGUUGGAAAGAAUCUUCAUAAUCACGUCGCUUACUUUAUCAACUUUUAUAUUAAUGAUACCGACACAAGAUCAUUGAAUUGGGCAACUGCUAUGGAAUAUUUACUCUUCCGUGAUGGUUUAAUGUCCGGAACUGGCGUCUCUUCAGUCACAGCUAAAAUUGCAAGUAAAUAUGCUGAGAACCCCAACGAUCCUGACAUUCAAUACUAUUUCGGUGGUUUCUUGGCUGAUUGCGCUGUUAGUGGACAAGUUGGAGAAUUGUCAAGCAACUAUUCCAGAUCAAUUCAAAUAUUCCCAGCUGUUUUACAUCCUAAAAGUCGUGGUUAUAUCACACUCAACUCGAAAGAUCCAUUUGACGCUCCUAAAAUCUUCGCCAAUUAUUUAGAUGAAGAUCAUGACAUUAAAGUGUUGGUGGAAGGAAUUCGAUUUGCUAUAAAAUUAUCAGAAACUUCACCAAUGAGAGCUUAUGGAAUGGAACUUGAUAGAACUCCUGUUGCUGGUUGUAAUCAACCUUUUGGAUCUCAAGAAUAUUGGGAAUGUGCCGUACGUCAAAAUACUGGAGCUGAAAAUCAUCAAGCUGGUUCAUGUAAAAUGGGACCGUCACGCGAUCCAUUUGCUGUUGUCAAUCAUGAACUUAAAGUUCAUGGCGUAAGAAACUUGAGAGUUAUUGACGCAUCCGUGAUGCCUAAAGUGACUUCAGGGAACACAAACGCACCAAUUAUAAUGAUUGCUGAGAAAGCUUCUGAUUUAAUUAAGCGAGCCUGGGGCGCUUAGAAUUAUUAAUAUUUUUAAAAUGUGACAUAUUUAAAUGACUUAAUUAAGCUUUUUAGUGCAAAAAUUCUUCGAUCUGUUCAAUAAAUUUUCAAACAAAGAAUUUAAAAAUGUCAAUAAUAAAAAUUUUAUUGUUAAUAAAAUUUCAUUUAAGGAAAGUUUUUCUAUUAAAAGAUUGUUUUGAAUUUAAUUUUCAAAAUAGAAUUCCUUAG